UUUUGGUGAAGGUUAUGAUGCACUUGGCUUAAUAGGGAGAUUUCUAUUCUCAUCCCAAUAGCACCUAAAACCACGCAGAGAAACGAACUCUCGCGUUGUUCACUGACAGCCCCUCUGGCAAUUGGGGCUGGUCUCAUCACAACACCAUCAGGGCGUUUCAGGCAACGCUCAGACACAGCAACGGCCCCCCCUUAUCUUGGAAUUGGUCCACCCUGAAUGGGACAGCAUUCCUUUUCAUACAGACGACAUGAAAUGUUGAAGUAGUUAAAAAUGAACAAACCCAAAAUGGCCACAGAGAAAGGUGUUCCCAGUAACUCCAGGGUACUGAUGCUCCUGGGCCAACUGGAGAGGAUGAAUGGGGAGGCCAUGGUGAGGGAUGUCGAAACGGCAAGACAGAUCACUGCAAAGAUAUUUCAUCUCAUACAGACACAGGAGAAGAGCGGGAAAGAGGUGAUGUCCAAAGGCUCCAGUGGCAUGGAGGUCAUCCUGGCUUCACUGGAGAACACCAGGGAUGUCCAGACCACUCUUAACAUUUUGUACAUUCUCAGUGAGCUGCUGACUGUGGGCAGAGGUCGCAGGGUGGGAGUAUUUGUGUCUAAAGGAGGAACAGGAAUAUUAUUCCAGAUUCUGAUCACUGCCAUUAAAGAGUUGCCUCCCAGUGAAGAACUCAUGCUUCAGCUUCACUCACUGCUUGCCAAGGUUGGCCCAAAAGACCGAAAGUUUGGAGUGAAGGCGCGCUUGAGUGGCGCGCUGAACAUCACAGUCAACUUAAUAAAACAGAACCUACAGAAUACCAAACUGCUUCUGCCCUGCCUGCAGGUUCUCAGGGUUUACUCCACCAACUCGGUGAAUGCGAUUUCUUUGGGCAAGAACGGAGUGGUGGAGCUCAUGUUCAAGAUUGUCACGCCGUACAGCAAGAAGAACACCAGCCUGCUUAAGGUAGCUCUGGACGCACUGGGAGCACUGCUCAAAUCCAAAACGAAUGCUCGCCGUGCAGUGGAUGGUGGGCAUGUGCCAGUCCUGCUGGCUCUGUACCAGGACUGGCAUCGCAAUGACACACGACAUCGCCACAUGCUGAUUCGCAAAGGGCUGCUGGUCUGCCUCAGGAACAUCACCAACAUAAAGCUUGGCAGGAAAGCAUUCCUAGACGCUGAUGGCAUGAGGAUCCUCUACAACUCAUCCACUGAGUGUCUCCCGGUGCGGACUCUGGAUCCACUUGUCAACACUUCGAGUCUCAUCAUGAGGAAGUGUUUUCCUAAGAACCGUCUGCCUCUGCCCACCAUCAAAUCGGCCUUCCAAUACCAGCUGCCACAUGUACCUGCUGUAGGGCCUGUGGCGCAGCUAUACAGCCAGCCACCUGGGGGAAGAAAAAAUCAUCAGCUCUGCGACAGGCCCUUAAAGAGGGUGGAUGAUGUGGUGGAUGAAAGUGAUGAUAACGAGGAGACAGACGCGGACACAGAGAACGAUACUGAGAAUGACGAGGACGAGAAGGAUCAGCGCUCUGCGAAUGAUGACAUAGAGACGGACCUAAACAAACUACAUCCCAAAAAGAACCCUGGUCGUCCAUUCGAGGAGUUGAGGGUCUAUGAGAGGUUCUUCUUGGAGCUUUCUGAAGACUUCCAGGGUUAUAACUUUGAAUCCUCAAAGAGUGCCUCUACCACAUCAUCAUCUUUCUCCUCAUCAUCAACCUCAACUCGAUCCACUCGGCCAAUCAUAGUGCCCACAGCUCAAGCCCUGUCCCCAAAGCUCGUCCCCAAAUCGGGCUCUCAGGGGGAUUGUAACUCUACCAAAGGACAACACACCCUGCCGUCUCCUUCUGUGCCCACUCCUACUCCGCCUGCUCCUCUGACACCUCUAGAACUGGACACCAUCCACCUAACCAAGGACCAAGACAAAAAAGAGGAGGCCCGGAUUCCUUCCCCCGACACAUGUACAACAUUGUCCUCUCUCGCUAGGCCUCCCUCUCAAGGGCAGAUGAUAGAACAGGACUUAGCACAUGUGUUGGAGUGUGUCUCUCUAGAAGAGGAGGGGGCUCUGAACACAGGAGAAGGAGGAGGAAGGGGAGUCAAACAAGAAGGAUCCCCAGUCAAUGCCACGAGGCACAUACAGUCUCCUCUGCUCUUGGGGGGCAUCGCUACUCGUCGUGUGGGAGGAGGAGGCAGUAACUGGGGUUCAGAUUGUGGCUCAGAGGGUGCUGAGGAUGAGGGAGGGGAAGGAGCAGUCCUGGAGGUGCCAGACACAGCGCUGCUCCUCCCGCUGCAUGACCCAGACCUUUAUGUGGAGAUGGUGAAGGGAACACACUCUGUACCCCAGUACGCCGAAGUGGCUUACCCAGACUACUUCGGCCAUGUAGCCCCAACAUUUAGGGAGCCCCUUCAGGAGAGAGUUUAUGGUGUACAGAGGUCUAAAAUAUUCCAGGACACUGAGCGGUUGAUUCAUCCAAAUGAUAUCGUGGAUAAAGUAGUUUACGACCUGGACAUUCCUAGCUGUCCUGUUAUUGAAGAUGAUGGCGAAUCACUGAAGUUUAACUCUCAGUUUGAGUCUGGCAACCUCAGGAAGGCAGUUCAGAUUAGGAAAUAUGAGUAUGACCUUGUGCUGAAUUCAGACAUCAACAGUAAUCACUACCAUCAGUGGUUCUACUUUGAGGUGAGCGGCAUGCGUGUUGGAACCACCUACCGCUUCAACAUCAUCAACUCUGAGAAGUCAAACAGCCAGUUCAACUACGGCAUGCAGGUGCUGAUGUACUCUGUGCAGGAGGCGAUCAGUGGCAGGCCUCGCUGGGUCAGAACAGGAACAGAUAUCUGUUACUACAAGAAUCACUUUGCAAGGAGUUCCAUUGCAGCUGGUGGUCAGAAAGGAAAGUCCUAUUAUACAAUGACCUUCAGCACAAGCUUCAGCCAUAAGGAUGAUGUCUGCUACUUUGCCUAUCAUUACCCUUAUACAUACUCCACUCUUAAGAUGCACCUGUCCAAACUAGAGGCUUUGAGGACCCCUCAGAUAUACCUGAGACAGGACGUCCUGUGUAAAACUCUGGGGGGAAACGGCUGCCCCCUUCUCACCAUCACUGCCAUGCCAGAGUCCAACUCCAAUGAUCACAUCUGUCAAUUUAGGAAUCGUCCAUUGAUCUUCCUGUCGGCCAGAGUGCACCCUGGAGAGACCAACGCCAGUUGGGUAAUGAAGGGCACGUUGGAGUUCCUGAUGAGCACCAGCCCACUGGCAGCCAGCCUGAGAGAGGCCUACAUCUUCAAGAUCAUCCCCAUGCUCAACCCUGAUGGUGUUGUAAAUGGAAAUCAUCGUUGUUCUCUGAGUGGGGAAGAUUUGAAUCGCCAGUGGCAGAAUCCCAAUCCUGAGCUCCACCCCACCAUCUACCACACUAAGAGCCUGCUGCAGUACCUUGCACACAUACAAAGGGCGCCACUGGUAUUUUGCGACUACCACGGUCAUUCCAGGAAAAAGAAUGUAUUCAUGUAUGGCUGCAGCGUGAAGGAGACAGUCUGGCAGUCCAAUAUCAGUGCUACGUCCAGCGAUUUACAAGAGGACCUUGGAUACAGGGCACUCCCUAAGAUACUGUCCCAGAUCGCCCCUGCCUUCAGCAUGGCGAGCUGUAGUUUUGUUGUGGAGCGCUCCAAAGAGUCAACUGCCCGCGUUGUUGUAUGGAGAGAGAUAGGAGUACAAUGCAGCUACACCAUGGAGAGCACGCUCUGUGGUUGUGACCAGGGAAAAUAUAAGGGUCUUCAGAUCGGCACCAGAGAGCUGGAGGAGAUGGGAGCUCAGUUCUGUGUGGCCCUGCUGAGGCUGAAGAGGCUGACGGGGCUCCGCAAUCACCAACACCUGCUGGAUUUAGAGAGCGAUAUCAUUGGGACACAGGCUAAAGUAGUCAGCAGCAGCCCCACCACCUAUGUGAUGGAGGAGGACGAGCCGCCCUUUCUGGAGCCGAUAGACUACAGCGCAGAGAGCAACGAUGAGGACGCCGAGCCUGAAAACGAGCACGCUGCUGAAGUCCAAGGGAAUCCUGAUCACCUCGAUCAACUGUCGGACUCUGAGACCAAUCACAGGGACUAACGCUGAGGUUUUUAUCUCCUCUAUACCUGGCAAUUUGAGCGUAUAACCACCCAGUGCUUGGAUUGUCAGCUGAUCUAAAAUUAAAUGUUUCACAGGUGAAUUAGUCAGAACCCGCUUCUCACUUUCACUGGUGAAUAAAUAGCUUAGAUUUGCACCUGACCCUAUUAUAUAGACACGUUUUGAUGGCACGUAGGCUACAACGAGGUGCUCCUUUCCCAGAUGGAUUGAUUUUGUUGGUCCACUGGAGUCAACUGUGUUGCUCAGUGAAUGUUCUCACCUUUCACCGUCAUACUAUAGCCUUCAUGAACUGUAACCCCUGACCUCAGACACCAUAUAGCCUCUGAGAUUCACGUAUAGCUAGCCAGAGCAGCAAACAGCAGGCACCGCCGAUCCUUAACUUGAACCCUUGUCCACUCGCUCAUUUCUCACAGCCGGUCUUACACUGAAGCUACCAGACAAGGCUGUGGUAGCGUAAUAGAACCAGUGGCUUCUGUAGAUACUGUGUUUGAAACCCCUCUCACAAAUCACCCUGUGUUUGGUUAAAACAGAGGGGAAACUGGAUCUCCCCCACUGACCAGCUUAGAGAUCCAACCAACCUGCCUUCUUAUUUCCUUUUUUUCCUUCCUUUCUUUAGUCUCACCCUGCACUUUAACUUUGUACUCCUUUUAGUGACACUUCCUUGUGUCCUUCCUUGCUUUCCUCUUUCCUUUUUUUUGACAUGCCAAGUUAACGGUGUCUAAAUAGGAUCCAGGGAUGACCAAACAGCCCGAGCAUAGCUUAGCUGCAAGUUAACGUCCGUCAUCCCGAGUGUCUUAUGGAGAAAAACCUACUCAGAUGUAACUACACUUGAGUUGUGACCUCACUUCCUCUCUUUAACCCCUCCCUCUUCGGUCGCAGUGCACGUGGUCUGAUUAUCCAUGCGCUGUUUGCCUUGCUUUAUCCAAAACUGAAACUAUUGAUAUCACAAAUGUAGAAUGUUCACGACUUUAUCCAGACAAACUUGUACCAUAAAUGAAAUGCCGAUAUAUAAACGCACACCACAAACUCGCACCAUAAACUAAUACAGGUCUGGUUGGAGUUUCUCAGUCACGUACAGCAUUAAAAACAUGAAGAUGGAAUGUAAAAUAUCCACAUGCACUGUUGGUGUUUUCAUUGUUUUAAUUAUAGACAGUAUUAUAAUGUUAGACAAAGUGGUAACAAACACGACGCAUGAGCUGCAGCGAGCAGAAAACCCUUUUGCACUUUGGAUAAACACUAUACACAAAACAAAGAGAAACAAACUGAAUGGAAGAUCACUUUACAACAGUUUGCAAACUACAACUUUAGUCACCUCGUUAGCUUAAAGUUCUCAGAGCCCAGCCCAAAGCUGGUGGUAACAUUGCUGUGAUGUUUUAAAAAAAAAUUAAGACUGGAAUUUAGUUUCCUUUUUAUCUGUUCCUCCAAUCUGUGUGUACAUUUUGUGGAUUUGCUGAGGACCCUUAAAAGCAGAUGGUGCUUUGUAAUGAGAGUAUGAAGUAGUUUGUUUGAUUAAUACAUUUUUUUGUUUAUAGAGAUGAGGUACGUUUGUGUUGCAUUUGUAAAGCUAGCGCAUGGCUAUUUUCUGCUUUUAUUUUGUAAUUUAUUAAGUAUUGUUUUCUGGGAUGCAAACGUGUGUGUGUGUGUGUGUGUGUGUGAGUGUGAGUGCGCUUUUGCGUGAGUGUGCAUUUGCGUUUAACUUAUUCCAUUAUUCAGCUCAGCUAAUGCUCUUACAGUGCGUUUCUUCUUUCAAUUUGAUUAUCCCCUCUCACUCUCCUUUACUCCCCACAUCAUUUACGCUCUCUCCUUCCCUCUAAACUCUUUCAUUCCCUCGUUUUCUAACAACUUCCAAACCCAGGGAGGUCGUUGUUCUGGGCGUGUGUGUUUUUAAGGAUAAAUGAUGUGAAAUAAUGUCCCUAUGAGAAAUGUGUGUGCUGUUAUAUUUAUGUUUGUUAUAGCAGGCUACUUUUGUUUUAUGUUCAUUUUGAGGUAAAUAAGCAGUGAUAGCGACUCAUUUUAAGUUGGGAUUGUAACGCAGAAAAUUGAAGCGUGAAGACAUGGGAAAUAAAAUGUUAAUGUGGUAAA